GAAGAACAAAAGCAUUUGGAAGUAACAGGACCUCUUUUUAGCUCUCUGAAGAGUUUAAGGGAAGGAAGGAGCAGUGCGUUUUCCAAAGCUCGUGCAGAGGGAUGCUGCGCAAGACCCCAGAUCGUCUGCUGAAGGAGAGAGGGAGUCUUUCAGUGUCCUGAAACCCUUCUUUGCCAGGAGGACAUUUCUCUGUGUAUCAGUGUGAGAGGCAUGAGCAUAACUAUUCUGUGUGUCAUUGGGAAGAAGAGUUUCACUGUUAUGAACCAAGUGAUAAUGUAUCAGAGUAUAGUGUAAAUGCAGUUCACUGGAAUGGACACAGCCCCGAGAGAAGCCAGCUGAGGAAGAAAGCCCCAUCUCCCUAACAGGAGUCAGGCAGUGAGACCUUACCCAUAUCUGUGAGCAGUUAUGCACAUGAAUAAUUCUCUUGACUUAAAUAGAACUAUUUGUGUUAAACGUGCAGCCUCUCAGCUCCCCUGCCCUUCUCCACGUUCUGGUAUCUCGGGAUGGCUAUGCAGGAGAUUCUUUGAUGGAUUAAAAUCUCAACAAACUCUAACUCAAGAAUAAGAAUGACAGCUAAGAGACUUAAACCUGACUUUUCACCAUCCUGGAAAGGAACUGGAUCUCAAUAUUUAGAGUUUUUUUAAUACUCUACCUCCCUCUGCUGUUAUCACUGAGAAGUUCUUCAACAAUGGGAAAUCAUGUACUUGCAGCUUCUAUUUCCAUGCUCUCUCUCCUGGCAAUAAUGGGAGACACGGACAGUAAAACAGACAGUGGCUUCAUGAUCGACUCGGACCCCAAUCGCUGUAUGAGGCAUCACUAUGUUGACUCUAUCAGCCACCCGCUGUACAAGUGUAGCUCGAAGAUGGUGCUGCUGGCUCGCUGUGAGGGACGCUGCAGCCAGACAUCGCGCUCGGAGCCAAUGGUUUCUUUCAGCACGGUCCUGAAACAGCCUUUCCGUUCCACCUGUCACUGCUGCCGACCCCAGACCUCUAAGCUGAAAGCAAUGCGGUUGCGUUGCUCAGGUGGCAUGAGGCUCACUGCUACUUAUCGCUACAUCCUCUCCUGCCACUGUGAAGAGUGCAACUCCUAGGGACGCACCUGCCACAGCAGUGGAGGGACAGGGAUGCUGCUGUCAGAGAAGGCUCCCAAGAAGUACCCUAGGUGAGGGCAACAGUUCCAGCGUACGAUAACAGUAAGGGCAGGACUAAUCAAGCUGGAUUGCAUUUAAGUGCUGGAGCAUAAAAUAUCCUGGGGCUCUGGAUGGUGCCAGUACCGAAGUGCUGUCUGUGACAAAGGCAAAAGCAGGAGGACUUGUUUUUAAGAAAACCUUUCUUUUUUUCUGAAAGGAUAUUUUUGUGAGUUUCUUUUUUUUUCAGGCUCAGCUCUGACUACAGAGAGGUGAUUUUACUUUAAGGCCAAGGCUAGCAAGGAAAAAGAGAAGAUCAGCUGGAUGACAGCACUGCACUCUGGAAGCUGGCAUUUGGACAGAGGAUGGACACUGGUUCUCACAUAUGACCUCUUAACCUAUCAAUUUAUUCUCAAUUUCUUAGUUAUAUUGGCCUUCAAAAUGAACUGUGUUGUCAGAAAGGGUUAUCUGUUACUGAUCUAUCAGCCAAGUGCUGGAUAACUUUAACGGUGAUUUGGCGGAAAUUACAAACAAAUCAUUGGUAAGUGAACUGGAUAUGUAAUGUAACACUGGGAUUACUCUGCCCUAGCCAGCACUGAAAUGCUUAUUUGCAGUGGAUGGCAUUGCAGUUCAUUGGCUGAGUGACUUUUCAAAAGUGAAAUGUCAUGAGACUCAUUAUUCCUCUCUAAAAGCCUGGAAAUGUGACACAUUGUAUCUGUCACAAAAACCAUUAUUUAAACACUAGAAACUAAUCAAAGAUUAAAAUGACAUGUACUAAA